AUGUCCAGGAAUUCGUCGAUAAGUUCUUCGCUUAAACAUGUCGCCAAGCUUCAGGACUAUCAGUUAGAUUCAGCACCGCCAUACGAAGCUCUCUCAUAUACUUGGGGUGUUGAGGAGAGUACAUGCCGGAUAUCAUUGAACAGUUUACCCUUCCACAUUCGACCAAACCUUCGAGACGCGUUGCGUCGCCUGCGGCAAUCUUCAAGUACAAGAACCGUUUGGAUCGAUGCAAUAUGCAUUAACCAAAACAACGAGGACGAGAAAGGCGUCCAAGUACCUCUAAUGGGAGACAUAUAUACUAGAGCAGAACGUGUAAUUGCUUGGCUUGGUGAAGAGACAUUCGAUAGUGGGGUAGCUCUUGACUUCCUUCCAUACUUGGCCGCCGUUGCUGAAUUUGAUAAGGAGUCAAUCUGGCUGUUACACCUUGAGACCGACAAGUUUCUUCGACGAAUGAUGUCCCUUGUUCACUUGUUCUCCCGUCCCUGGUGGAAAAGAAUGUGGAAAGUCCAAGAAGUGGCACUAGCUCUGGAUGUCCUCAUUUUGUGCGGCUCUCGGCGUGUUCCCUGGUCGAUAUUCCAUUCCUCCACCAUAGCAUGGAUGAAUAUCGGGCACGAACCGCUGCAUUGGAGGUUGAAUAUACUUCAAAGAACUGCACUUCGUACCCUCGGCAUGCUCGUCUCUGGCUUUGCAGAGGCAUUAACAAGACUGCGCCAAGCACGUCAGAUGAGUUCUUCCCCGCCUGAGCUACUCAAACUGUCAAAUCCCCUAUGGUCAUUCAAAUAUCGAUCGGUAACCGAUCCUAGGGACAAGAUCUAUAGCCUUUUAGGCCUUCUUGGUGACCACAGAGUUCAGGUAGACUACAAUAAACCAUUCGAGGAUAUAUACCUAUCGCUCGUCUCCUCGUUCUUGUUGGAAGACAAAGGCCUGGAUUUGUUUCGCUGGAUGACUGGAGAAUACUAUGAGACUAGGAAUUCACGUCUUCCAUCUUGGGUUCCCGAUUUUGGUUCGAGAUCUAUCACACCAGUCUCCUCUUUUCUGCCGAACCAAGAUGUAGGAGAGUCGCAGCGAAUAUUCAUGACAGCUGGGCCAGACCGGUCAAGAUCAUUUUCUGCUAUUCAGUUUGGAGAUGACUCUCGUACAUUAAUUCUCCGAGGCUGUCUGUUUGACGUGGUCAGUCAACGCGGAUGGGUUUACCCCUCCCCAGAUGAUAUCGGUCUUGCUGGCCGCGCAAAUAGACCGAUCCUUGGCCGCUGGAAAAAAAUGGCUAUGAACACUCUGAAUAGAACGUACCAUUCGCCCCAUGCGAAAGAGGAUGCCUUCUGGAGAACAAUUUUGACCGACCGGCAGAUCGAAGGGCUUCAUUUCGAGGAAAAUGCUGGAUGGAUUCCUGCACAGCGACUCCCCCUAGAUGCACAAUACAUCCCACCCAAAACCACGAAGGAGGAGGAGGAUUUGUUGCAAGCUAUGGAGAAACGACAACUUUGCUUGAAUAGCCGAAGGUUUUGUAUAACUAAGAAGGGUCAUUUCUGCUUACUGCCACCGACCGCUUCCGAAAACGACAAGAUCUGUGUAUUACUGGGCGGAGAAGUGCCCUAUGUACUAAGGCGUACCGAUUAUCAAAGCCAGGGUACAUAUACGAUGGUGGGAGAAUGUUAUGUGCAUGGAAUCAUGGAUGGUGAGGCUAUUACCGACAUUCUGGAAGGCAGAAACAAAGGGGAUAUCUUCAAGCUUCGUUGA